AUGAGGGGUACGACUGAGGCCCCUGAGGAUCAAGCAGAGGGCGUCGAGGAAGCGGCACAAAGCACACAGGAGCUUGAUGCGGAAGACUCUGGUAGAGAAUCCAGCGAAGAACAGGGAGCUCAGAAGCAGGAUGCUUCUGAGACCGAGGCAGAGGACGAUUUGGAGGAUGGAUGUGAGGAGGAUGGAGACGAUGACGAUGCUGAUGCUGAAGACGAUGAGACGAAAGGAAUUGUGGGACCCUUCAUUUCCCCCAGCAAUACGUUUGUCCUGCCCGAGCUCAAUGUGAGAGUAUCAUAG